AUAACCUAGAUUUUAUAUUUGCAAUGAUCAAAUAUAAUAUAGAAACUAUAUCUUUUUACCAAAAAAAACUAUACUCUAUCUACUAUAUAUAACCAACAACAUUGAAGCUGAUCCUUUCAGAUCAAAAACUCCCCAAAAAUAUGGAGAAAAGCCAAAGAUGUAACAAAGACACAAACACCAACAUAGGCUUCUGCCUUCUUCCCUCUGAGCUCAUACAGAACAUUUUAUUCCACCUCUGCAUACCUGAGAUCAUCCGAAUGAAACUACUCAACAAGUUUGUCUUAAACACAAUCUCUGACCAAAGCUUCAUCAGACAACUCAACCAUGGAUCACAAAGAGACACAUGGAUCUUUGUCUAUACAAGGCGUUGGCGUCGCGACAACGGUGUGCUUCACGGCUUUUCCAACCGUUCUGUACGGUGGUUCAAGAUUCCGGUGGCUGAAAUUUUGACCGGUGAGGUUUUUCCCGGUGAAGAUUUAUAUUUACUAACGGCUAGCGGUAACUUUCUUCUCUUUGCUUCUAAUACUCAUAGUGGAAUCUUAGCCGUUGAUUUGGUGGACAAGAGUGUUAGAAGAAUCAACUCAUGUCCUUUAGGUCCACGUGGCACGUCCUCGUGGAGACGGUCCGGAAUGAAGCUUGUACCCGAUCCAUCAAAUCCAAGUCAUUUCCGGUUUAUGUUUGCUGAGAUGGUAAAUAACCGACCGGUUUUGUUUACUUAUCAUUCUAAUACAACCACGUGGACUACUAAAGAAGCAGAGGAAGUAAAUAAUUGGGGAUUUAAGAAAAACAAUAACGUUUUCUUAAGCUUAUCAAACCGACCUCACGAGAGUAUUGUGAUGAGCGUGGACGAUGGUUCGAUGAUGAAUCGUGUUCCAUCGAUUUUGAGGCCAAGGAUGAACCAGGACGCGAUCAGAGGAUGCCCUUCAAGUGUUGGAUUCAGCAGGAACGAUCUAGAGAGUCAGUUGUUACAUAUACAUGGAGAUGAUUACAAAGUUGUUAUUGGGUUAGACACGAUAGAGUUAUCAAAGAUGAAGAGAAUGAAAAGUCUAGAGGUUUGGAAAAUAAGCUCAAACGGUGAGAAGUGGGAGCUAGUGUCAAGAGCUCCAAGUGAAGUGAUCAGCAACAAGCUUUGUGGUGUGAUGAUGGGGUGCUUAGAGAGGAGACUAGGGGUGAUUAGAGUGGCUUUGAUGACGAACCGUGAGGGUUUAUGGAAUAUUAUAUGGUUGGAUUAUGAUAAGGAGAAGGAUAAGUGGGAAUGGGUCCCUUUACCACAUUGUAGAUUCUUGCAAGGCUCAAAUAUGGCCGGUAUUAGCUUUUCUUCUGGUCUCACUUUUUCAUUGUAACACACUUCAAAAGUUUAAUAUAAAUGUCGAUAUCAACCA